GCGGCAAAGCUCGGAAAAGUCCCUUAUACUGCCCAGUCAAUCUUUUCUCUUCUUCGAUUAAAGAAGUUUCAUCCGUCAUUUCGCCAUAAUUUGCUUAUCAUUAUGGACAAAACUGUGGAUUCUAGGUUGCAGCCCAUGUACAUGGAUGGAAUCAACCCCUCCAUACGAUGAAAUCGAGGGGCAAUGCUUUGUCCCCUCUAUCUUGCUUAUGCACUCGACUACGACGACAUACAUUCCAUCUGCUUCGUCUCUAUAUCAUGUUAACGCUUACGCCAUUGUAUAUGCAUGCAAUUCAUUAAUUGAACUCAAAUUCCUCUUACUGCCUUCUGGGACACACUCUGUCAACAUUGGUGAUAAUCAUUCGUGGUAACGUGGUAACGCAGCGAUGCCUGACGCUGAUAACCUACACAACCAAGGAAAUGAUUCAAGAAACAGUUGGGAUGAAGAAAAUAGUGAUGAGCUCAGCCCAACCGACGGUUAUUUCAAUUCGAAUCAAAUUCCUCAAAAUAUGAUCCCGGAUCUCACACAUUCACAAGAGGACAUUCCAAAAGCCCGAGAGGCCAGCGAAGAGUCUGCGAAAGAUACUGACAUCUCUUCAACACUGCAGAUGUCGUCGCACACAAACGCGUCAGCUCAUGCAACUGAGAAUUCUCGAGCUCCAUUUGAUUCGCUUCUUGCAUCGUCAUAUCGCAGACGAGACAACACAUUCUCUGAACAUCAAUCCUUAUUCGAUCAACCUCCACCAGCUUAUGUAGCUUCGGCAGAAUCAUGUGGUGUCUCGGCACAAGGGCAACAUACUCCCACGAACUACAAUACAUUCUCACAAUCUCGACUCGAAGAAGGUCGACACGGAGAGCCUCAGAAUAUGGGAGGGCCAGUUGGUAAUCCUGAAAUGAACGAGAGAACUCCUCUUUGGCUGCUUCGAACACCAAAAAGACUUUCCUUUCGACGAGAGAUAAUAAAAAAAGUUCUAGGAGUGGGAAUAGUUAUUGCGAUAAUUGCUACUAUAUUGAGUACGAAUUUUAUAAGCUCAGUAAGUUUGCCUCUCAUAUGGAGUGAAAGUGCCUUGCAGACAUGUUGAUGGGAAUGCAUAACUAAAGUUCCAUUUAUACAUCCUCAAAUAUGUUAUUUCUAAUACAUACGCUAAUCAUUAUGCAAGGAUUCCCAUCCAAAUAUGGGCGGAGGACCUAAAACUUCCAACCCCAUCCACGAUGGUGGUUCAUACUGUCCGCACGCAUCCAAUUCGGAUCAAACGACAUUCGAGAUUCCACAUGGCGCUGGAUUAAUAGUCCGACAAGAAUUCUAUCAACAAGACAGACCCCAUUACGGGCGGGAAGUCCAAACCGCAGGGGAAGUUCGCAUUCGACAUCUACCAAGAAAUUCAAAGAAGGAAAAAGCAUAUUUCACCAUAGACGCCAAACUCAGCCACCCCGAGCUGUCUGUCUUAAAGACCCUGAAUGAGGAUGACGGGUCACUAAAAGUCAGCACGCCACGCUUUGCCCACCUAAAUACAAAUGAGAACCCUUGUAUAUCACUUGAGAUUACUGCUUGGAUACCAGAGGAUUUGAAGAUAACAAACGUGUUUUUUGACUUGGUAACGCUAUCAAUCCAAGUGUUUGACGAUGCCAAGAUUGAGGUUGUCAAAGACACGCAGUUGAAGACGGUUUCAGGACACAUUAAAUUCCCCAAAUAUACAAGCUCGUCAACGGAUGUUCCAUCCAUUAAUGCAGCUGAAGCUCAACCACAAGCAUACUUCGAAUUUGAUUCUCGUCGCAUUGUUGUCGAAACUGUUUCCGGCAAAAUAGAGGGUUCUUAUCCCCUAUAUGAUCUUCUAAACCUAUCAUCCCAUUCCGGAGCUAUAGAAAUUAAUGUAUCCCCAAAACCCGUUCUCGAAUCGGCGCCCGCUCCUGCUACCCUGGAUAUUAAUACCUCUUCAGGUAGAAUUAAAGUAUCAUCACCCAUCAAAUUACCAGAAGCCACUUAUCCCCGAGAAUAUAUUACACGUUUAGGAUCCGUUUCUGGAACUAUCCGAGGUGAUUUCUUCGUCGGUUCUACGGGGACUUUCAAAACAACUUCUAGCAGUAUUCAACUUGUGGUGAGACCCGUUUUACCAGCAACUUCAGAUGAUGACAAGACGAGAAAUGAGUUUUCUACUCAUUCGAUUAGUGGAACUACGCAUGUAACAUUACUUGAUCCUCUACUUAUCUUACCUCCCACUAUUGGUAACAUUCACGAUGGUCCGCUUGACUCCACGCCAGUUGACAACUACUUUACAUACGCUCCCGGUAUUAUUACCUUGUCAACUUCAUCCUCCAUACAGCCAUUCAAAAGUCAACUCCGUACCUUUUACUCAACACACAGAACCACAUCCGGACAUAUAGAAUCAUACUAUCCCUCAUCCUGGGUCGGCAAUAUCAAAGCGAAAACAAUCUCGGGAAGAAUCAAGGUAGAAGGCAAAGGGAUAGAGAUCAUGGAGAGUAAUGAUGGAUGGGGUCACAAGUGGAUUAAAGCUAGGAAAGGAGUGGAGAGAGAAAAUGAUGGGAAUAGUGUGGGGUUUGAGACGGUAAGUGGGGCUAUUGCGCUUAAGGUUAUUGAGGGGUUGUGAAGAUUGGUUAAUGACCAAAUAUAAGAAACGGAGGUUUGGAAACAUUUAAUGAAUUGGUGAUGAGGAACUACUUGAAGAUAUGUGUUGGUAUAAGAUACAUUUGGGAAGAAGCUAUCAAUAAUAAUUCAAUAUA